AUUUUGAUGACGUCACUUCAAGGCGCCAAAGCGUCUUUCCAGCUUUCCUCCAUAGUGUCUCGAUUGUGGGCAUUCACUUACACUUCUUUAGAAUAAAAACUAAAACGAAUGUGGCGUAUUUAAUGUGUCACCCACACCUGCCAUCCUUCAACACGUCGAGUCGUUUUCAACUCUUGUCGCUCUCGCCAUGAACGACGAUGAUGAUUUGAUGGCAAGUUUUCAUUCAGAUACACUCCACGAUAAUGUGGCUGUUCCUGAUGGACUUUGCUGGGUGUCGGUUCUCUCUUGUCUGCUGCUUGCGUGCUCCUAUGUCGGAAGCUUAUACGUCUGGAAAAGCGAUUUACCAAGGGAUCAUCCUGCAGUGAUAAAGAGGCGCUUCACAAGUGUGCUGAUUGUGUCUGCUCUGUCUCCACUAUUUGUGUGGGCAUGGAAGGUGUUCACAGGCAUACAGCCUGGUCCCUCAUUACUGGCACUUAUGGGGAUCCGGUUUGAGGGACUAUUGCCUGCUGUCAUUCUACCCUUGCUGCUGACCAUGGUGCUGUUUCUGGGUCCCCUGAUCCAGCUAACUAUGGAUUGCCCCUGGGGUUUCAUUGAUGGGAUAAAAGUGGUUGUUGACCCAUGCUUCUGGACGCUCUGUCUGAGUGACAUGCGUUGGCUGAGGAACCAGGUAGUUGCACCGUUAACAGAAGAGCUGGUUUUCCGAGCAUGCAUGCUUCCCAUGCUAGUGCCCUGUGCUGGCCCUUCCACUGCCAUCUUCACGUGCCCACUUUUCUUUGGUGUUGCUCAUUUUCACCAUGUAAUUGAGCUGCUGCGGUUCAGACAGGGCACUGUCUCAGGGAUUUUCCUCUCUGCAGUGUUCCAGUUCUCCUACACGGCAGUAUUUGGGGCCUAUACAGCCUUUAUAUUCAUCAGGACAGGUCAUCUGGUUGGUCCUGUGCUGUGCCAUUCCUUCUGUAACUACAUGGGUUUCCCGGCUCUCAGCACAGCCUUGGAACACCCGCACCGCCUCUCCAUUCUCUCCUUCUACGUUUUGGGGGUCAUUCUCUUCCUCCUCCUCCUCUUCGUCAUGACUGACCCACUCUUCUACGGUUUGCCAACGCCUGUCUGCACCCUGACCUCCACAGCUGGCUCCAUUUGCUCCUGAUCCUUCUCUCCAACCAUACCUGCACCUGUAGUCAUCCAUUCCUUCUCUCGAAAGCCUACAGCCAUUUGGAAAGGAGUGGCUUUUUCUUUCUCCAGGCUCUGCAACUGGUUUGACCUGCAGAACAGGUAUGAAAAUUCUCCGCCUCUGUGAGGUUGGUGAAAGGACUCAUUGGAUGCAAAACAUCCUCAGGUUGCUUCACCGUUCUGCAUGAUGAAAGCAGCAGAUUUUUAGUGUUAUCAAGUGACAUCAACUAUGAACCAGGCCUACAUUUGACGAAGAACAGGUUGAUUAUACAUGUCUGCAUGUUUAUAUGACUAUUUCAGUGUAUUUAUCUUGAAAUUGGUGCUGGGGGAUAAAGAUCAGACAACGAUUACGGGUUUACAGGGAAGAUUUGUACGCUGAAAUGUGCAUUUCUGAAAAUGCAUGACUCCCUAUUUGUUCUCACUCAUAUACACCUCACCUGUUUGGUCUGGUGCCUUUGAAGAAGACGUUCAUGUUUACCUUCAAAGUCAUGAAAGCAUUCAAAGUUAGAGAUUUUUGGCUUUAACCUUGAACUUUUUAUCUGAUCAUCACUUUACUCCGUUCAGUAGCCUUAAAUAUAGAUACUGUAUGUGUCCAGUCUUUAGGUAUGCUACUGGAGGAAUAGAGAUAUUAGAAAAACAAGUUUGUGAGUGUGAAUCUGAAGUUAAAGAAUUGCCCUUGGCACAUAGUUUUUGUGUAAGUUUAGAUUCUAUUAAUUGGCCUCAUGUGCAACAGUUUAUAGUGGUUUAUUGCAAAUUAUGAGACAUUUAAAAAAAAAAAAAGUGUCACUCCUGUUUUGCCAGUUGUUAUUUAAAAAUCAAUUUAUACCAAUUUCUGUUGAUGUAGCAGCAAUUUUUACAAUUUCAGGUUAUUCACUGCUGGAUUUUGACCUGUGGGGUUUCAUUCAUAUUUAAUGCAGUGCUAAAGACAGUCUUUUUACAUGCACAUAAGAAUUUCUUGUCCUGUUAAUUUGGUGGCAGUGGAGGAUGUUAAAGGAGUAGUCCACCCAAAAAUGACACUUCUCUUAUUUACUCACCCUCAUGCCAUCCCAGAUGUGUAUGACUAUCUUUUUUCUACUGAACACAAAAAAAAGAUUUUUAGAAGAAUAUCUCAACUCUCUAGGUCCAUACAAUGAUGAAGUGAAUUAGAUCGCUUCAGAAGACAUGGAUUAAACCACUGGAGUCGUCUGGAUUACUUUUACGCUGCCUUUAUCUGCUUUUUGAAGCUUCAAAGAUUUGGUCACCAUUCACUUGUAUGGACCUACAGAGCUGAAAUAUUCUUCUGAAAAUCUUCAUUUGUGUUUUGCAGAAAAAGUGAGUCAUACACAUCUGGGAUGGCAUGAGGGUGAGUAGAUGAUAAAAUAAUUUUUAUUUUUGAGUGAACUAUUCCUUUAAGGUAGAUUUGACACUUGUUUGAUUUGUUUUAAAAUUGAGAAAAUUCCAAUACUUUUUCAAAGGCGCCACCGAAGGCAACAUGUUGCCAUUUCAUUAUGACACUUCUAUUCUUUCUAAACACGUUUAGUUGUGUGACAAAUGCCAACAUUGCGUCAAGAUUGGAUCGUCUAACUUGUACUACCUGUAUCAGAGAAUUACAACUCAAAUACUUUGACCAACAUAUGGUAUAGUUCUGUUCAAUCUAAAUACUAAACUUUUAUAAACAUUUUUAUAUCACAAAUGAAAGAGUCAUGCCUACAGUGGGUUUCAUGGUGAUUUCAUUUUUACACGGGUUCCUUCACCAUGAAACGUUCGUUGCAUGCUGCUACAUUGGUGACUUGUAGAUGUUUAGAUGUUGAUCGGUAUAGAAAUGCACCAAAUACACAUACAUUCAAAGUGUAGGCUAUAAUGCUAAAAAUGGUUUUAGAUUACAAAUGUGGCUUGCUGCCCAGAAUAGAGCUUGCUAUGAACAUUGCUAAAACAAUGCUAUUUGUAAGGGUGUCCAUUAUUCAGUUGUUUUUGCUUCUAGCCCUCAUUAAAUGUGAAAGUAAAAGUAUAUAGAGAGAGUACAGUCAUCUACAUGAUUGCUUGUAAUUUGUUGAUUAAUAUAUUGACAUAGCCACAGUCCUUCAAGAGAACAUAGUCACAUAUUCGUUAUAUGUAGUAGGGGUGUUCAUAGUUUCUGUGUUGUGAGAGACCAUGCAAAGUAAACCUUUCAAGCAAUAAUCUCACAAACAGGAUCGAAUCAGGGAUUUCUGUGUAGUGUGAAGCAAGAUCUAGUUACCUAUAUUGAUACCCAAAAUAAUUUCUUAUUUGGCUAACUACAAAGAAAAUGUGAAAUGCCACCAUUUGAACUGCCAAAUUUAUCAUAGUUGUGGUAUUGUAGAUGUAACAAAGAAAUCUAUGUAGUUAGGCUUCUGAAAUGUUCUGGUUUACUAGUCUCUAGCGUUGAAAGAAGUGCGUGUUAAAGUGUGCCAUAGUGUAUAUGACUGUGCUGACAUGUUUACACUGGGAGGAUGCUGUAUGUAAGCACUGCUCCAGGAUCAGUUUAACCUGUGACUGGCUACUCUGAACGCUGCUGAAGUUUAGUUCCUUGUGCUUGUUGUGAAUACAGUCAACAGAGGGUGCCACAGGACCAUUAUUGUUUAUUUGUGUCUUUUUGUGAGUAGUUACGAAGAAUGAAGCACUCACCUUCAUGUGAGUUAAUGGGUGAAUCUCACUAAGAAAUGUCAUUUGUUCACCCAACAAUCAGUAGAGAGAAAUAAAAAGUGUAAUUUUGCUUAAAGAAAAUGAAGCCUAUUUUACGGCCAUUACGAUUUUUUGCAUUAACACCAAAUGCAUGCGUUUUUUUUGUUUGUUUUGUUUUUAACCAAACAUUGUUACAUGCCCGGGACGUAUAUCCAAGGGCGUAGAUUUGGCUUGAACAUUGGGGGGGGGGGGUUGGUUCCUCCCCCCAUCCCCCCUGGAAUCUACGCCCCUGCGUAUAUCUAUCACAAAUGGAUCUACAAAAUGCCCAGACAGUGUAAAAAUGAAUAGAAUAGAAUAUAUUCUGCUAUAUUUUGAAGUUUUAUUUUUCGUGCAUUAAAAGAGAUGAUGCAACAAUUCAGGACAAAUCUAGAACAGGAUUUUUUACUUUCACACUGAAAUUUCAUGAGAUGCAACUGGCUGUCAAAAACAAAUUGAGCUACACAUAACAUAAGAUAAACAAGAUACACAUAUUUAUUUUCUCAGGCACUUUCUCAGUCUAAAUAGACAUACAGCUUACAUAAUGUCAGUAGUAUACCCAAAUAACAAUAGCCAAAUCAUACUGUUUAUGUGUUACACUUGCUAUAGUUUACUUCCACAUUGUUUCUUCAUCAAAUAGCAGUGUUGGAUGUAAAUCAAGCCAAUUACUUAAAUAACAGCGCCACCUUGAGAAAGAAAAAGCAUGUAUAAAAUGUAUUUGUACACGCAUAUGGGAUACUGAUAAUUCACCACUGUCAAAAGAAAACCAAAGUAAUAUAGUAGUCAUUUGUAUGAAUAUAGAACUAAUUUGUCUUGUAAUAAAAAAAUAAAUAUAAAUCUUGUGAUGUACACCUGUAUUGAUAUGAAAUAAUCAAUAAUUACAAACCUAGUGUCUCUAAAGACCCUAUACACUUUUGAUACUUAAGCAAUUAUAGUGUAUAUAUAUAAUUUAGCAAUUUUAAAUUUUAAAAACUUUUUUUUGUUACACUAUUUAUAUGAGAAGGGUUAAGGAAUACUAAAGAGGUGUGGGCACAACUAAAAAUGGAUGAGGUACAGGGGGUGGAAUGAGGUCUCGGGUCACUAAAGACCUGAGGUAUGCGUUUAAGGGUAAAUGACAUGUAAAAAUAAUAAUGCUCAUCACUGUAAUGCAAAAAUAAAUUAAAUAUUAUUUAAUGAUUAAGUAUCAAAAUAUUUAUACAUAAUGGUGUUAUGUUGUACAGCCUUUAAUGUUGAUUUAAAUUUUGAAAAUCAUCGUAUUAUAGUAUUUUUAUUCUGUUAAUACAGUAAAAAGUACUGUAUUACAGUAAUGAGAAUCUGAUCUUUGUCAUCUCCAUUCAGUAUAAUGGGAAUUAUAAAACUUAAAAUGUAAACAUCAGGACACAUUACAGUAAUGAGAAUGGCAGGCUUCAUUUUCUUUAUGCAAAGUAUAAUGUCUUGUGAUUUUGAGGUCACAUGUAAGCUGGACAUGAUGUCAUUAUGUUCAUCCUUUUAUUAUGAACUUAGAAACUUGUGCUUUGCACAUUUAAUUCCGUCAUCAGAUAGUUUAAAUUAUGAUUAACUUUUGCCCUGGGAUUGAAAGUAUUUGUUUAAGGCAAACCUUCACACAUUCUUGAUAUCUUUGGAAGUUCAUUGUUCAGGAUUUGUCUGAAAAAAACAAGUCAUGACUGAAAUACAGAUCAGCCGACUCAGUGGUUAAACUGCACUAGGAGGCCAUGUUGAGUUGGGAUUUUUAUAGGGAAGGCUGAACACACAGGUACUUGGCAAGGACUUGCUGGCUGUCACUGCUGUGAUUGAUUACCUGUGUAACUGAAAUGGCAUUUUCCUAGGGGAACGUUUGUAUAUUUGAAUAUGUAUCUGGAGCUUGUUAGGUGUCACUCAUUGCAGUCCAAUACAUGGAUCCUCACUUCCUCGCUAAAUUUCUGCUUUCAUCUAUUUUCACAAGAGACUUUCAUUUAUUUAUUUUUUUCUAAUAAGUGUCUCUCAUCCCCUGUUUGAAUUCACACUCUUCUUUCAAUUGAAUCUGAGUAUUUGCAAGCAAAACAAUUGUCACCGGUUUGGGCUUGCGUAGAUGCUUGGAACACUCGUCAUAUUUACCGUCAGGACCGGAGGAGCAAUAGAAGUUCAAAUCUAUUUUUGCAAAUGUGAAACUUGACCUAGUGCUAUUUUAACUCAUUGAAACAACAACUGAAGAAUGUAUAUUAUUUGAAAAUGCAACACAGAUGUUUAUUGAAAAGACUGGUUUGUGAUUAGCCAAUUCAAAUGUUUAUAUGGAGAGAUAUAUUUUAUAAUCAAAUCUAUUUUGGUGUCUGAGAAUAAUGUGGAUGCAAAUUGUUUUUCUGCAAUUCACUGAUGGACAAAUGUUUUAGGACUAUCUUUUUGGGGUUCUUUUAAUUCACUCUGCAAAACUCUGCUGUUCAUAAAUAAAUAGUUUUUAAACCUACUACUUGGAGUUGUGGUUUAUUUUUAUUUUUUUCCUGUAUAGCUAAAAGCUGAAGUGUGUAAUAUCUGCGGCAAUGAACGGAUUUGCAAAAAUAACGAUUAUGUUGUUUUUAAACAGGUUUUCCAAAUUGAUUUUUAAAGUCCCAUACUGUUUACACUCCUUGGGAAGUCAACCCAUGUAUGUCUUAUAGUCUCUCUGCACAUUAAACUGGGAUAGGAGAAAGUGUUAUAGAAAAAAUUUACAAAUUUCUCCUUUAUAUGAUAUUUAAAUUGCUCCUGAAUGUGAUUUAGAAAAUUCAAAGGGAGAAGUCUUCACUUUCUUAAUUGUGUUACCUCUAUUUGACCAACAGGGAGAG